CGGCGGCCCCGCCUCCCCGCCGCCCGGAAAGCGGGCUGCGGCCCCCUCCCAAAACCCGGAGAAGUGGAUUCUGCGCUCCGCUGCGCUGCGCUGCGCUGCGCUCCGCUCCGCUCCGCUCCGCUCCGCACCACCAGUCCCGGGCCGCAGUCCUGACGCGCAGGUCAGGGCUUGUCGGGCGGAAGCUGGCUUGGAGCCUGGAAGGGGGAGCCGGCCCCGAGCGGGAGCGGGAGCGGACGCGGCCUCAGGCCUGCGUGGAAUAUUGAAGGAUGUUUGUUCCAAGAUCUCUAAAAAUCAAGAGGAAUGCUAAUGAUGAUGGCAAAAGUUGUGUGGCUAAGAUAAUUAAACCAGACCCAGAAGACCUUCAGUUGGACAAAAGCAGAGAUGUUCCCGUUGAUGCUCUAGUUACAGAAGCAGCCACAACAGAUAGGCACAUCAGCGAAUCAUGCCCUUUCCCCAGCCCAGGUGGCCAGUUGGCAGAGGUUCAUUCAGUAAGUCCCGAGCAGGGUGCGAAGGACAACUAUCCUUCUGAAGAACCUGUUAAGUCAUUUUCCAAAACACAGCGCUGGGCAGAACCGGGGGAACCCGUCUGUGUUGUCUGUGGUCGUUAUGGAGAGUAUAUCUGUGAUAAGACAGAUGAAGAUGUGUGUAGUUUGGAGUGUAAAGCGAAACAUCUUCUGCAAGUUAAGGAAAAGCAAGAGAAAUCAAAACUCAGCAAUCCACAUAAGGCUGAUUCUGAGCCAGAGUCUCCACUGAAUGCUUCCUAUGUCUACAAAGAGCACCCCUUUAUUUUGAACCUUCAGGAAGACCAGAUUGAAAAUCUUAAACAGCAGCUGGGAAUUUUAGUUCAAGGGCAAGAAGUCACUAGGCCCAUUAUUGACUUUGAACAUUGUAGUCUCCCUGAGGUCUUAAAUCACAACUUGAAGAAAUCAGGCUAUGAGGUGCCAACCCCCAUUCAAAUGCAGAUGAUUCCUGUGGGACUUCUGGGAAGAGACAUUCUGGCCAGUGCAGAUACUGGCUCAGGAAAAACAGCUGCCUUUCUUCUUCCUGUUAUCAUGCGAGCUUUAUUCGAGAGCAAAACUCCAUCUGCGCUCAUUCUUACACCAACCAGAGAGUUAGCCAUUCAGAUAGAGAGACAAGCUAAAGAAUUGAUGAGUGGCCUGCCACGCAUGAAAACUGUGCUUCUCGUAGGGGGCUUACCCUUACCCCCACAGCUUUAUCGUCUGCAACAACAUGUUAAGGUUAUCAUAGCAACCCCUGGGCGACUUCUGGAUAUAAUAAAGCAGAGCUCUGUAGAACUCUGUGGUGUAAAGAUUGUGGUAGUAGAUGAAGCUGAUACCAUGUUAAAGAUGGGCUUUCAGCAACAAGUGCUUGACAUUUUGGAAAACAUUCCUAAUGAUUGUCAGACCAUUUUGGUUUCAGCCACAAUUCCAACUAGCAUAGAACAACUAGCAAGCCAGCUUCUGCAUAAUCCUGUGAGAAUUAUCACUGGAGAAAAGAAUCUACCUUGUGCCAAUGUACGUCAGAUUAUUCUGUGGGUAGAAGACCCAGCCAAAAAGAAAAAAUUAUUUGAAAUUUUAAAUGAUAAGAAACUCUUUAAGCCUCCAGUGUUAGUAUUUGUGGACUGCAAACUAGGAGCAGAUCUUUUGAGUGAAGCCGUUCAGAAAAUCACAGGGCUGAAAAGCAUAUCUAUACAUUCAGAGAAGUCGCAAAUAGAAAGGAAAAACAUACUGAAGGGAUUACUCGAAGGAGACUAUGAAGUUGUAGUGAGCACAGGAGUCUUGGGACGAGGCCUAGACUUGAUCAGUGUCAGGCUGGUUGUCAAUUUUGAUAUGCCUUCAAGUAUGGACGAGUAUGUCCAUCAGAUUGGAAGAGUAGGAAGAUUAGGUCAAAAUGGAACAGCGAUUACUUUCAUCAACAAUAAUUCAAAAAGACUCUUCUGGGAUAUUGCAAAACGAGUAAAGCCCACAGGAUCCAUUCUUCCCCCUCAGUUAUUAAAUUCCCCAUACCUUCAUGACCAGAAGAGAAAGGAACAACAGAAAGAUAAACAGACACAGAAUGAUCUGGUUACAGGAGCUAAUCUUAUGGAUAUUAUCAGAAAACAUGAUAAAAGUAAUUCUCAGAAAUGAUUUUCUCUGCCACUUGAAUAAUUUUUUUUAUUGUACAUAGUCAGCAAAAAAAUGUUAUUUUAUGGUUUGCAUACAUGGAAAUGUACAUGAAUUUAAAAAAUAUUUAAGAUAUUUUUAAUUUAAUAAAAUUUAUAUAACUAUAUUGUAUUUAUUUCCCUUAAUUAUAAAUUAAAAACAUCAGAAAAUGAAUUAUUAAAUAAAAUACAGUUUUUUCUCUUCUG